UGUGGGUGCACUAUUAUUGAGGGUCUUCCUCACCCAACCUAUCCAGUGGUGGAAGAUGAUUACAACACGGACACGACGGGCCGAACGGCCUGUCUCCGUGCUGUACGUAAGUAACUUUAGAAGUCCCGGAUUUAAAGAGAAAGGUCAUUGGAGACCUUAUAUAAUAUCAAACGUUAUUGGCUGCGCCGGCAAACGGAAGCCCUUCAUCUUUCUCCAGCAAUGAGUAGACUUCCCCGCUUUUGUGAAUGGAAGAGCCGCGCCUUCGCAUCUGAUUGGUCGCAGCGGCAGAAAAUGGAUACAAUGAGAUGCGUGCGGCUCUAGGUGCCAGGAUCCGGUGAUUCGCAGCCAGUGUUUGCUUGCUCCUGGGCAGAUGGCGAGCUGCGCCUUCCGCUCGCCCCUCUCUUUGCUGCUGCUGCCCGGCCGAGCUCCAGUCGGCAGCUGCCUUGCCCGGUUCCGCUCCACCGCCGCCUCACCUAAGCAGAAAGAGGAUCCUGAGCGAGCACACGGUCACCAUCCUUUGCGAGACAUCCCGCGGGUGCAUCCGGCUCCAGCCCAGGACUCGCCUGAUAUCCCGGACUUCAGUAACUACCAGGAAGCCUAUCGCAACAAGACCAGUGCCGAGGUGGUGCGGAGCCUUGUGGUGUUUCGUCUCUGCUCUUACGACAUAUUGGUGAACAGGCAGAAGGAGCUUAUCAAUCUCAGUAGAAUUGUGCUGGGAAAAUGGCUCUUCAGGCAGCUCAUGAAGAUGACCUUCUAUGGACAAUUUGUAGCAGGAGAGGACCAAGAAGACAUCAAACCCUUGAUUCGCCGCAAUCGUUCAUUUGGUGUGGGCUCCAUCCUGGAUUAUAGUGUUGAAGAAGACCUAACCCAAGAGGAAGCUGAGAAAAAGGAAAUGGAAUCUUGCGAGUCUCUUGGAGUGAAAGAUGUCGAAGGAGAAGUUCAAAGAGAGAAGAAAUUCCAACCUCAUCGGCAGUUUGGGGACCGCAGAGAGAGUGUCAUCAGUGCUCGGACGUACUUUUACGCAGAUGAGUCCAAGUGUGAUCAGUACAUGGAGACCUUCUUGAAGUGUAUCGUUGCUUCAGGUGGCAGCUCCGAGGAUGGAUUUUCUGCCAUCAAGUUGACAGCACUUGGGAGGCCACAGUUUCUGCUCCAGUUCUCUGAAGUGCUGGUUAAAUGGCGCAGUUUCUUCCGACAGCUCGCGGCUGAGCAAGGACUGGCUGGCCAGGAUGCCGUGGACACAAAGCUGGAUUUGGAUCACUUGCGGGAGUCUUUGGCUAGACUUGGGAUUGGCACCUUGGCUGAAAUCACUCAUUGGUUCAACGGAGAGAAGAUUGGACUGUCUGGCACUGUGGACUUCUUGGACUGGAACAAUUUGAUCGACAACCGAACAAAAGUGGCCAAGCUCUUUGUGGUUCCAAAUCUGAAGACAGGCAAGAUUGAACCACUCCUCCUGCAGUUCACAGAGGAGGAAGAGCUGCAGAUGAAAAGGAUGCUGCAGAGAAUGGAUGUUCUGGCAAAGAAAGCCGUGGAGAUGGGUGUUUGCCUCAUGGUUGACGCCGAGCAGACCUAUUUCCAGCCAGCAAUCAGCAGGCUGACCCUGGAGAUGCAACGCAAGUUUAACACAGAGAAGCCCAUCAUCUUCAACACCUACCAGUGUUACCUGAAGGAUGCUUACGAUAAUGUGACUGUGGACGUGGAGCUGUCUCGCCGCGAAAACUGGUACUUUGGGGCAAAGCUGGUGAGGGGAGCAUACAUGGACCAGGAGCGAAAGCGGGCUAAGGAGAUUGGAUAUGAGGAUCCCAUCAACAAAAACUACAAGGCAACAAAUGCUAUGUACCACAGGUGCCUGGAUUACAUCCUGGAUGAAAUUAAAGUGAACAGACGGGCCAAUGUGAUGGUGGCCUCCCACAACGAGCAAACGGUCACCUACACCCUGCAAAGGAUGCAUGAUCUGGGCCUUCAUCCAUCAGAAAGGAAAAUCUACUUCGGGCAGUUGCUGGGCAUGUCUGAUCAGAUCAGUUUCCCUCUCGGCCAAGCUGGAUACCCUGUGUACAAGUAUGUCCCUUAUGGUCCAGUGGAGGAAGUUAUUCCCUACCUGUCCAGGCGUGCCCAGGAAAACAAGGGCAUGGUGGCGGGAACCCAGCGGGAACGGCAGCUCUUGUGGAACGAACUGAAACGCAGGAUCGUGAAGGGAGAACUGUUCAACCCCUUCUCUUAGAGAGACCCGUGGAAUCGGGUUUCCAGAGCCGCUGCAGACGAAGAGUUUGUGUGACCUCUGCAUGUGACACUUCGAAGGUGUGGGGAAGGGAGGGCUGUUCUGUGAUUCGACUCGGGUCGUUCAAAGUAUUGGGUCUCACCCCAAACAAAGUUCCUGGUUUUAAAAAUAAAUAAAUAAAUUUGCUUGCGCCAGCAAUACGUGAGGCAACAUUGGGCCUUGCCCUGCCUCAUGUCUGCAGUGCUGGCUCCUUUUCUGGGCACGCCUAUGUUUAAUAACAUAGAAUUAAGUAACAGAAAUACAAUACAUGUAAGAUUAGCACUUAAUAUCCUGACUGGUACAAAGUGGUCGUGACAGUUCCAGAGGCAUUUCCUGCUCAUUUUACAUAACAUCAGCUGGUAGGUAAAAAUAGCACAGGCUCGGCACAGUCAUUCUGCUGCUAAAGCUUCAGUAGAGUCGCUGGAAGUCUCUUGUGAAAACUCUCCCUUAUUAACAGGGUUUGUUACUUGUUAACUUUCAGUAAUGCAAAACUAACUUAAUCAUUUUUCAGGGUUUUCUUUUAAAUAUGAGAAAAGUUGACUGUGGCUGUUUGCCAGCUUGGUCUUGUGCAGGUAACCCCCAUUCCCUAAUGUGUUUUACUUGUCAGGGAAAACGAGAGGCUCCACUGUUUGCCGGGGGUGGGGGUGGGGGGGGGGGGAACCUUCCAUAAUUCUAAAAGCAACAGUGGCUGUCUGAAAUGAGACGUAGGUAAUGGACUGAAUGCCAAGGGCAGUUCACAAGGUGUUUGCCGCAUGCAGGGCCACGCAGGCAACAUUCUCCAUUUGAAAUGUACUUGACUGAAGUAUACAGUAUACUCACUUGUUUAUACUGUAUAUAAUUACCAAGCACAGGCUGUCAGCAUUGGUAAUGGACUAAAUAAUUGCUGUUUCCUCAGAUUCUAUUAUGUGAGAAGUUUUAAUUUGAAUAAAGGUGUAACUGCAAGUGGAAUCGGGCCUGCAUUCUGCACAAAUCAGGCCUGCAUUCUGUACUUUAAAGUUAAGGUGCUGUAUUGCGCACAAAAGGAUCACAACCUAUGCUGAUCUAUGAACUAGUUUUGUGUAGCUUCUCUCCCAGGUUGGCAGAAUUAAAGCACUUUUCUGUUAUGUGAAUCACAAAUCCAUGAAUCGUUUUGGUUAACUUGGAGCACGAUACUGUAAAAGUAAACACAAAGCCCUUGCCAUGUGAUGUGGGCAGAGCUAUCCCAAGCAGAGAGUGGAUCACUUGGUUUAAUGAACAUCCUGACUUACCAGCUCUGUGUGAUGAUUUGCAAGGUUCUUCAGAUGUCGAGGGGAAUAAAGUGCUGAGAAGCAGUAAGCCAUCUGUGGAGGGAGAAGCAAAUUUCCAACCUCAAUUUUAAUUUUAAUUUUCAGGUCUUGAAUACUCAGAUUUAGUAUAGAAGCAGGUAGGCUACGAUGAUGAUCAUGGUGGAGAAGCAACCGUUCCCAUUUCAGAUGCCUGCUGUCUACAGGGCACUAGCUGCUGUUAUAUCUUGACUGCCAUGUUGAAGUAGAGUUCAUGUAUCUGAACUGAUAAAGCAUUAUGGGCUGCCAGGCAAUGCUUUGGAGAUUCCUCUUGAUCUACCUCAGAGAAAUGGCUCACCCUUUCUCUAAGAGGUCCGUUCAGUCACCAGUUUAUAUUGGGGAAUUUUAAUACUGGCAGCAGGACGAGUGAUUCUUUAAAAGUCUGAGACUAGGCCUGAUCAUGACAGGGCCUCUUAAGCAGUUGUCUCAUCUGCUGUACUGUUACGUUAAUUUUCUUCCUGCUAGCCAAGGAAGGUGUUAAAUUGUCCUUUACCGUUUUGGGAUUGGGGUGAAGACGAGACAUGACAAUAAAAAGGGCUGAAUCAGAUCAGUAUUUGGGUGGGGUAGGGGGGAGGUGGUCCUUUCUGUAAAUCCAGGGAGUUGCUGAGGGCUGGCAUUAUCAGGAGCAAGGUGUCAGAAAUGUGGAUCCACUGUUGUGCUGUCAUCCGGAUAACAAGGUGCAACCAGAGCUAUGACUGGACAUCCACGGGCUUCGAUCAGCUGAGCAGCUUUGCUGGCUCUCGCUGGGGUUGGGUUGCGUACGGAGGCUCAUGAGAUCAGUUUCCUUGUAAGGAAUGUGGUGCUUGGGGUUUCGGUAUAGCUCCUGCAGAAUGAAUAACUUCCACUGCUUUUGUUUUUGUCACCUUCUUUGUUCAAUCCUGUAUUUCCUCCCCAGAAAUGUUUUCAAUAAAUUUUAUUUGUGUA